UGUGCUGGAGAUCGGUCGUAAACGUAAACGCAGACAUACGAGGUGUGAAGGUGGUGCCGCCCGAGACACCAGUGUCUAAAGAGAGUUUUAAAGUCCGUACAUAAUCGGUUCGCAGCUAGGAGCACACAUAAUAUUAUUUCAAGAUGAGUUUUGAGCCGAAAUACAAAAAGAAGAAAAAGAAGAGCUUUAUCUCUAAAGCAAAGAAAUUUGGGAAAAGUGGGCGAUUUGGUAAAGGAAGCUACAUCAGUGAGGAUGAGUACAAUUAUUUUGUGCGAGUCAUGGAACUGGACAAGUCUGAAUUCCCUUCUGAAGAAGAUAGAGAAAUGUUUGUAUCCAACACUUUUGAGCACACAGUGGGGCAAGAAGUUUUGCUAGCGACAAAUCAACUCUCCUCCCUGGCAAUUGAACGUCUGAUCAAGAAGGGCAAUGAUGAAUGUGUGAUUAGAUUUAUGGAAGCUCUUGGUGCAGACAUGCGACCAAUUCUUAAUGAUUGUUAUGCCAGCCACGUGUUUCAAACUCUGCUAAAAAAGGCUUCCCAGAGAAUCAAAGAAAUUCCAGAAAACGACAGUAAAAGCAGAGAAGACUACAUCGCCUGGAUUAUCAAAGUAGGCAAGUUCUUGUUGAACAACAUAGAAGACUUCAUGUGGGACCAAUACGCAAACCAGAUCAUGAGAACCGUACUUGAGGCUGCAAGUGGAACAUGCGAACUCGAACCAGAGUCCAAAAACACCUGUAGUGAUCAGAAAUUACCUAAAGCUCUCCGAACUUUCUUCAAAGACUUCUGCAUCCAUGUCCAGAAAAUGCCACAGCUAAAUGACAUGGUAGAUUCCGUAUUGACUAGUGGAUUUCUACAAAGUUUGGUGAAAUGUGCUUCAAAGGCAAGUCCCAAAUUGUUUAAAUCUUUGGCUGAAAGUCUGGAAGCUGUCCUGUCAACCAAGAAGAGCAAGAACAAGAUUGAUAUGGCCAGUUGGAGGCUCAUCGAAGCUAUUUUAGCGGGCAAAAAUGAAGAAGUGAACAAAAGCAUCCUUGAUACUUUCUUCAGAGGCAAUUUGAAGAGGGAUGCCUCUGACCCUGAGCUGAAUUUUUGUGUUCAGCGUCUUUUGGAAAAUUGUCCAAACAAAGAGCAGCUGGAGGAAAUUUUUGAGGAGCUAAAUUCCGCAGAGGCAAUCGAGACCAUCAUUUUGUCUAAACACUAUGGUGUUGUCAGAGCAAUGGGAGAGGCUUGCAAAAACUUGUCUACAAAUCAAGGCAGCUUCAGUCUGAGUUUGAUUGGGGCCCUUCACUGCAACUCUCCUAGUGAGAGAGUGAACAUGGUAGCAUCCUUGAUUCUUGCGAUGAAAGACUUUGAGAAAUUUGAGCACUUCAAAAUGAUGAACGAAGAUGAAAACAGUCCAAUCACAUUGCAAGGCUCGCUUCUCCUCCAGUCGUGCCUUCAUUUCAACAAGCCCAUCAAGUUUGUCCAGAGCGUGCUCUCAAUAAAUGCUGAGGACUUGGUUCAUAUAUUUUCUGACCCGAAGGGAUCUCAUGUGUGCGAUGCAUUUAUGACGAGUAAAUUUGUUGGAGAAAAGAGUCGAGAAAAACUCUGCAGUAUUCUUAAGGGACACAUGGCGACUCUGGCAUGCAACAAGUUUGGAUCCCGCAGCUUGGACUCCAUCUGGAAAGUUAGUCCGCUGAAAACAAGGCAGGCCAUCGUCAGCAGCCUCUCACAGCACUUGCCAAAGUUGAAAGGAGAUACGUUUGGCCGCUUCGUUGUGACGAACUACGGUGUUGAGCUUUUCAAACACCACCCUGAUGAUUGGUCAGCAGCGCAAGGUAAAGAAAUGACGACCAAAAGGUUGUUUGCUGACAUCCUUGGAGAGGAUGAACCUGCUAAGAAAAAAAUGAAGAAAAAAUAAAUGUUUUUAAAAUUUAUAAUUAUCACAAAAAUAACUAAUUUGAUUAAAGUUCCUCUUGAACAUUCUUAAAUGGGAGAGCAAAAUGCUUGGGUAAACUAAGAGUCUGAAUGGUUGAUUUGUUCACGUAAAAGAAAGCAAUAUUUUGAUAUUA